AUGGCUCAAUGUAGAAGAAAUGAAGUAACUUGUGGAAAAAACUGCCCUUGCGAAGAGAACUGCCCGUUUGGAUGCCCCUGUCAAGGCUGGUGCGAGGAAAAGCUCCCUUCCGGGGUCCAGCAAGAUAUUCCUCUGGAAAAAUUAAGAAAUCUUGGCUACGAGCCGUACUAUCAAGAGCUCUUCGGAGUCAGCCCAACAGAUGAAGAUAUGGAUCCGGAAAUGGGUGGGGAUUACCUGUUCAUUGGUUGUAAAGAAAGGAACUCCGAUUCGUUCAACGCUGGAAUUUUUGGAGCCAAGAAAUUUUUACUCGAGCUACAGGAGUUUGAAAACAGUCCUUCUAUGAUUUCCAAGGCGACAGAACACAACGGAUUUUACUACUACAACACGAACUCGCUGAGCUACUGUGGUCCAAACAAAAUCUUCGGCUUCUCGCCGAUCGAGAACAUUUAUCCGUUCUGCGCCGACUACUACGACUGCAAGUACCAAGUCGGCAAGGUGGACGUUUGCGAGGAGCACGAGUGGGACAACACGAGAAUGAGCGUUUUCAAAAAUGACCGGAACUGGGCGGGCUGGCGCUGCGGACGAUUCACGGAAUAUGAUGGCUACGUAAAUCAACUGUCCUGGCUUUGGGAAAAUUUCGAAUUGCAAUUCUGGACUUUGAAACAAUAA